CUCUCUUUCUGUGGGUGUCGUCUGCCUUCAUGACACCCCACAGUAGGAAUGCAAAUCGACCAGUUGAGCCCCUCCACACCCCACGCUGCUCAACCUGACCCCCACGGGACAGUAUUUAAAACACCCGGGCCUCAGGUGAACACACUCAACAGCUCCUCUUCUCUGCAGUCACCUCCUCUUCUAAAGGACUUCUCAGGACAAACACAACUCUCAAGAUGGCAAAGAUUUUGUGCGUGAUCGUCGCGGCACUGGCAUACUUCAUGCUUGCGGACUCUCUGGAUUGUAACAAAUGCAGUGUGGGCCUGGUGGGAAUCUGCCUGAACAGCAACACCUUAACCUGCACAACCAACACCAGCGUGUGCUUCACCGGAAAAGCCACGUUCCCUUCCAUCUCAUCCUUCUCCGGCUUCAACACCCAGGGGUGCCGGGAGCCCGCGGGCUGCAACAUGACAUCCAGCUCCACCCUGCUGGGGGCCAACGUCAGCACCACAGUGACCUGCUGCGCCAGCGACAAGUGCAACCCCACCACCAUCAGCAGCGGCGUCUCCUCCGCCAGUAUGUCCCUGGUCGCCGUGUUCGCCAGCGCCCUGAUGGUGUCUGGGUGGAGCACACUGUAGUGGGCUCACACACGGACACA